AUGGCUAUGUCCACCGAGUCUGCUCUAGCACUUGCUCCGACAACUCCGGGCAGCAGUCUAGCUGUGGUGUGCUGUGCCUCCUCCCCCUGCCAGCAGGACUGCUGUGUGCCCGUGUGCUCUAAAACCAUCUUCUGCAAGCCUGUCUGCUGCAUGCCCGUCUGUUAUAAGCCUGCGUGCUGCAAGCCCAUCUGCUGUGUGCCCGUCUGCUCUGGAGCUUCCUCUUUGUGCUGCCAGCAGUCUAGCUAUCUGUGGCUAGAGACCGAGGAGGAGGCAGAGGCACCAGAAUGUGAGACAGACAUUGUGUGA